AUGCGAGUGCCCUUGUUGAUGGAAAAUGGCUCGUACGAGAUCAAGUUCGGGCCUGCCAAUUUAGAGACGCCAUACAGAGCGCGCAACUGCCUCACCCGGGAUCGUUAUGGGCGAUACCACCUGUCCAACCAGAUGGACCAGAUACGGGACAUAUCGCACUGCCAUAUCCGCAGGCCCUCCGAGCUGGGGCAGCUGAUUUCUUGGGAGCUGGAGGAACAGAUAUGGGACUACUGUCUCUUCAACCCCGACGAGUUUGGAUGGGAGCUCAAGGACAGCAAGGAUGUGGACCUAAUCGCCAGCGAGACAUGCAUGACCAUUCCCGAGAUCUCCAAGAACAUGGACCAGGUCGUGUUUGAGGAGUACGAGUUUGGGUCGAUGAUGAAGUGCCCGGUAGCGCAGUUUGUGCCAUUCGACCGCGCACGGGACUACGACAUAGUCGGUGGGGCGGGGGAGGUAGUCGAGGCCAAGAGCGGGUACAACAACUUUCAACUGGUAGUCGACUCGGGCUUCAACUGCACAUGGGUCAUGCCUGUUAUAAAGGGCGUGCCGUACUACAAGGCAACCAAAAAGCUGGACAUCGGGGGCCGCUUUCUCAAUGGCCUGCUCAAGGAGACGAUCUCCUUCCGCCACUACAACGUGAUGGAUGAGACGAUACUGAUCAACAACAUCAAAGAGCAGUGCUGCUUCAUGCCGCCCGUCUCAUACUUCGACAGCUUCCAGCGCAAGGAAGAAACUCGCGUCGAGUACAUUCUGCCCGACUUCCAGACCAGCCUCAUAGGCUAUGUGCGCCAGCCGAAACAAGCCAUACCCAAGACCUCCCAGAUCCUGCGACUGGAGGACGAGCUCUUUACUGUGCCGGAGACCUUUUUCCACCCGGAAAUAUCCAACAUUCUCAAGCCAGGUCUUGUUGAAACCAUCCUCGAGUGCGUCUCUAUGGUACCAGAGGUCCUCCGGCCGCUGCUCGUCAGCAACAUCGUCGCCGUGGGUGGCAACUUCAAUAUUGCAAACUUCGCGACCCGCCUCGCCACUGAACUACAGCGCCAGUGUCCCACCGACUGGAAGGUCCGAGUCCACCAGCCAAAGCUUGAUGCGGCGCUACAAGGAUGGAAAAGCAUGCGACAGUUCAGCCAGACAGACUCUUACAAGAACAGUCGAGUCACACGCUCCGAGUAUCUGGAACACGGCGCAGACUGGUGCACGAAGCAUAGGUUCGGUUACGAGCAAUGGAUAUAG